AUGGAGCCUGAUGUAAUCGCUGUCUCUAGAACACUGGAGGACCUCAGAACUCAGGAUACAGUGGCUGGUAUUAAAACUGCGGAUGGCUCAAAUUUUGGACCAAACUUCUUUUAUUUGCCGAUGACCAAUGCUGUCCGCGAGUUGCAGACGGUUAUCAGAGACAAAGCAACACCAAGAAAUGACUUUAUCUUCUACGCCGAUCGCCUGAUCCGACUGGUUGUUGAAGAAGGACUCAACAAACUUCCGUAUCGUAAAUGCACAGUUAUCACACCGACUGGUCACACAUAUGAAGGUCUCCGCUAUGAAAAAGGAAAUUGUGGAGUCAGCAUUGUCAGAAGUGGGGAGGCUAUGGAACAAGGCCUGAGAGACUGUUGUAGAUCAAUUCGAAUCGGCAAAAUUCUGAUCAGAAGUGGUGAUGAUGCUAACGAUGCUCGGGUUGUAUAUGCAAAUCUGCCCAAAGACAUCAAUCAGCGGAAAGUAUUGCUCAUGUAUCCCAUUAUGAGUACAGGGAAGAUUGUAUCUACAGCAGUCAAAAACUUGCAGGAGAACAAUGUGCACGAAUCAAAUAUCAUCUUAUUAAACCUUGUUUUCUACACCUCAGGCUGCUGCUCAGCUUGUGCAUGA